CACACGCAGUUACGUUAACCGAAUAACUCCCCACGAAACAUAAGAUGGCUUGUGUUGAAGAUGAUUUGUUUGGCACUAUUUUUAUGGCUGAUGACCGGUUGCAAACUUCCCAGGCUUAUUGGCAUGAGAUUAAUCGAUUUGGAUGCUAGCCUGAGACAGGACAGGUCGAUGACUUUGGGCCUCGCAAACUACAAAUCUCUGUGAGACAAGGAUGACACCAAUAAGGUAUCAUAUUCAUGGCUAUGAUGAAGGUUUUGAAGAAGGCAAGCGACAGGGAUGGCAUGAGGGUCGAAACCAUGGCAGGAUUCAUGGAGGCAAACUGUCAGCCGAGGUGUCAUUCUACAGAGGUUUUGCAUUGACAUGGAAAUACCUUCUUCAAAUGAAUAUGGAUUCCAAAGCAAGGAAACCACUGAAGAUAUUGGAAGCACUUACUGGGAUGAUCCAAACAUUUCCACUUGAGGACCCACAGAACCAGGAACUUGAAGAAAAUAUGAAGCAGAUUCGGGCCAAAUUUAGACAGGUUUGCUCUUUACUACACAUCUCUACAGACUUCAAUGGUUAUGUCAAUAGCCCGGGACAGCUGUCAUUCUAAAUGUGAGGUAGAGACACCAUAACUGGAAAACUGGAGUGCAGCAGUAAACCAAGAGGACCAGAGGAUUGUCGUAGCAUCUGUUUUGGACGUCUACAACAACAACAUCUUUUGACUUAAGCCUUAAUAACCUUUUCUGUCAUUUUGACAAAACUAUGAUCUGUGUUGGUAAAGAAAACAACAUUUAGACAAUAGGUAGUCAUUUUGCCACAUUGUGCAACCCAAGGACUGAUCCCAAAAUCCGACUCCUAGUAGGAGCCAGGUAUACAGAAUUAAAUUAUUGAGACAAGGAAAUGUCUUUGAUAAUAACGCCUGUGAAAUAAACUUUAAUACAUUUUUA